AACAUGCUUGGUUGAAGCACACACUUUCAUAUACUCAUAUCACACACAUAAGUCAAUUUAAAGCUUCCUCAAAGACAUAGCAAGGAAACACCUCUCUAUCUCUAAACAUGUUUUCCUUUUCUGAUCAUGAGAUGGUUUUGAUCUUUGGUCUUCUAGGUAACAUCGUCUCAUUCAUGGUGUUCCUAGCACCAUUGCCAACAUUCUAUUCGAUUUACAAGAAAAAAUCUUCUGAAGGGUAUCAAUCUAUUCCAUAUGUAGUUGCACUUCUUAGUGCAUUGUUAUUGCUAUAUUAUGGCUUCCUUAAGACCAAUGCCAUUUUGAUUAUCACAAUCAAUUGUAUUGGAUGUGUUAUAGAAGUUGCAUACUUAAUCAUGUACAUCAUAUAUGCUCCCAAGAAGCUUAAGAUAUCCACUUUGGUUUUUAUACUUGUUGCUGACCUAGGAGGAUUUGGCUUGACCAUGAUAAUCACCUUCUUUGUGGUGAAGUCCUCCUUUCGUGUUCAUGCUGUUGGGUUGAUUUGUGCCAUUUUUAACAUUGCAGUCUUUGCUGCUCCUUUAAGCAUAAUGAGGAAGGUGAUAAGAACAAGAAGUGUUGAGUACAUGCCAUUUUCUUUAUCAUUAUUUCUUACUCUCUGUGCCACCAUGUGGUUUUUCUAUGGUCUCUUUGACAAGGAUAACUACAUUAUGCUGCCAAAUGUGUUAGGAUUUCUAUUUGGUGUCUCUCAAAUGAUCUUAUACCUCAUAUACAAGAAUGCUAAGAAUAAAGUAGAAACUAAUUCAACUGAGGAGCAAGAACAUGGUUGUGAUGAUGGCAAUAAACAAGAUUUCCCUUCUGUAGUGGUGGUGGAAAUGAAAGAGAAUAUUGUUUAAUGUUACAUUGUAUGUUAUAAGCUAAAUAGGGUUAAUGAUGAAUAACAUGUCUCGAAUAUCUAGUUAUUAUGUUCUAUGUGCUACUAGGGACUAUAUUUCCACUUUGACUAUGUAAUAGACUAAUUAUUACUUCUAGUUCAAGUUACCAAUGAGUUUAUGGUGUUGUUUCUUCUAA